AUGAUCAAGGAUAUAGACAUUUUUAGAUUGGUGGUUCAUAUGCAGCAGGUGGAGGAGAAAAAGAGAAAGCAGGCUAAGUUUCAGUCGGGUGAUAGGCGUCAGCAGAGUGGCGAUAAUUUUGGAGCAUAUGGUGCCCAAUCUCAGGCAAGUAGUGCUCAGUCGGUCUCAUCGUGCCCUCCUUGCCAGUUCUGUGGUAGGUUGUAUAGGGGUUUCUGUGAUGAGGGGAGGUACAUGUGUUUCAAAUAUGGUCAAUCGGUACAUAUGCUCAAAAAUUUUCUGGUUGUUAAGGGUGCUUCAGAAGUGAGUAAGGCUCUGAUUGCUUUAUCUUUUACUCUUAUACUAAAAGGUGCUGCUUCUGCAUCUGUUUCUGCUUCUGGUACUGGCACAUGUCAAAAUUGA